AUGAGGUUCUUCCAGCCCAUUGCCGUCUUUCUGUCUCUUCUCACUUCCAUUGCCCCGAGCGGGGUGAUGGCGGCGGAAGAAUCGGCUGCUACUCAACAUCAGAAGGGCGAGACUGUGAGAUACCAAGGAUUGAAUCUAUAUGUAUCCAAACCCGGGAGGUUUAACCUUGGCCACAAAAAGCCUGGAAAAAGAACCGGUGUUCUUCUUCUCACCGAUAUCUAUGGCAUCCAGUUGAAGGAGAACCGAGAAUUGGUCGAUGAAUUUGCCAAACAGGGUUUCUUUACUGUUGCUCCAGACCUGUUCGGAGGUGAUCCGGCAAAAGAAACUCCAGGCUUCAACACCACCGAGUUCCUUGCCAAGCAUCCUCCCAGUGUCACUGACCCAAUCGUUGCAAAUGCCAUUAACUACCUACGCAAUGAGCUCAAAGUGAUCUCCGUCGCUGCCACGGGCUAUUGCUACGGUGGACGUUACGUCUUUCGUUCACUUGGCCAGAACGGCAAAAUCGAUGUUGGCUUCACUGCCCAUCCCAGUCUCUUGGCUACUGAUGAGAUUGAGGCUGUGAGAAAGCCCGUAUCCGUCGCUGGUGCAGCCGAGGACCAGAUCUUCCCCCAGACCAGACAAGCGGAGACUGAAGCCAUCCUCACUAAGAUAGGCAAGCCUUUCACUUCGGUUCUGUACAGUGGAACCACUCAUGGGUUUGCUGUUCGUGCAAAUGCAUCAAACCCACAGCAAGUCUUUGCUAAAGACGAAGCGUUCUAUCAAGCUGUUCGAUUUUUUAAUGCAUGGGCCUGA